AUGGCCCAAAAGCUGAGUCCCUACGAGAGCGUUUACCUGCCCGAUAUUGGUUCCAAGGAUCUGCCUACUCCCACUAGCACCAAUGACAGCAUCAGCACGAAAAAGGCCCGUAACGUUACCAUCUUCCAAGUCCACGAGCUAGAGCAUGGUCCCAGCGGCAGAAGUAUAUUUCGUCCGUGGCUGCGAAAUCUGAAGACAUGUUGGAUUUGGUUCAUUGCGGAUAGCUGGGCACUCGAAUGCAUUUCGAUUGUUGUGGCUUCACUCGCCUUGGGAAUUAUCGGCAUUGGGCUUGCUGUUUACCGAGAGCGACCCGCCGUGGACUGGCGUUCUUCAAUCACUUCCAACUCCCUUUUGUCGGUAUUGGCAACCAUUCUGAGAAUUUUCUUGUCCCUACCCAUAGCAUCUUGUCUCGGUCAACUGAAGUGGAUCUGGUAUGGCCAAAGACAAAGGACCUUGCGGAGAUUCCAGAUCUUCGACGCUGCAUCGAGAGGGCCGUGGGGGGCUCUAAUGCUUCUAUGGUCUAUUGGCUUCUCCCAUCUGGCAUCAAUCGCAUGCUUCAUUACAGUGUUUGCGUUGGCGAACGACGCGUUCAUCCAACAGACGAUUGUGUAUCAGCCGAGACCAGUUAACAGCAAUACAACCAUUCCGUUCAGCCAGUCUCACAACGAAUUUGGCCGAAUAUCUAGGAGCGAUGUCGGUAUCAGUCAGUCCUUGGAGUCGGCCGUUCUCGAAGGUGCCUUCGCCACUAAGCCUACUCUAUUGUCGGACAUUAUACAAGCACAAUGUUCAACAGGCGAUUGCACGUAUCCUGAGUUCGCCUCGCUCGCAGCUCGCUCGCGCUGUGUCGACGUCUCGGCAUUGAUUAAUGAGACGUGUGCCACUAGCCCUGCUGGGGCCAACAACUGCACCGGCUCCAUAUCAUUACCAAAUGGACUCAAUCUACCGAUCACCGGAAAUGAUUACAUCACUGUGAGUACAGCUGCGGGCCUCAACAUAAACAACUUCGAUCAGUAUCAAAAGAGUCUGGCCAACGUUUCAAUGCUGAUCUACGAUACGGAGGUCACCGAUAUAGAGGAUGGGGAUACUAAGUAUACAAUUGGGCGGCUCUACGCGUACGAUUGUGCUAUUUCGCCAAGCGUUAACACGUACCAGAGUCGAGUCCGCCUUGGGCAAGUUACCGAAAAUAUCACAAAUUCAUACAUGCUCAACACGGCAAGCGAGACAGCGCCCUGGGAAGUUACAAUCCCACAAGGCUCCCUGCAACCGAACACCAACCUGACCUUCUCCAUCAGCCAUCGCGCAAGCCAAGCACUCUCGCAAUACCUCACCAAACAACUCAACGGCACCGGCAACUCCGACGCCUUCUCAACAGAUCUCGUGCAAGCACUAUUCCUGAAUGGCGCUAGACACGUCCCUCGGACCAUGGAACACAUUGCCACAGCAAUAACCAACAACAUGCGCCUGACCUCUGGACAAAUGGCAACAGGCACAGCCACAAGUUUAGAAUCCUACAUCCAUGUCCGGUGGAAAUGGCUUCUCCUCCCGAUGUGCCUGAUCCUCCUCAUGGCGAUUGUGCUCGGCCUCACCAUGUGGCAGACACAUGUGCUGGGCCUGCCGAAUUGGCGGGGCAAUGCGCUCGCGACUAUGGCACAUGGUCUACAGGGGUACGGGGGCACGGCCGUCGAGAAGAGGGGGCAGAGUUUUCUGGGGGUGAGGGGGGAUGAGAAGAUCAGUGAGCUGGAGGGCUGGGCUGGGCGGAUGGGUGUUAGGCUUCGUUGGUGGGGUUGGGGGAGGAAGGGCGGCGUGGUGGAUUAUGGCUUGGUGCCUGCUGUGUGA